CGGAUGACAUUUUCGUAAUUUUUGGGCGAAGAAAGGCCAUUUUCUUUGGAUUUUGAAGGCUACAGAUCACUGAUUCGACCUGAGGCUAUUCUUCAACGAUGAUCAAGUCCACUAAGCACCGAUUUUUAUUCCGGGUCAAUUUUUGGCGGAUUCCAAAGGUGUAGCAUCACAUAUUUUCGGCGAUUUUCCCGAAAUGCCAUUUUCUUUCGAUUCUGGAGGCUACAGAUCAUGGAUUUAGGCCAAGGCUAUUCUCCACCGAUAACGAAGCCUAUUAAUCCUAUUUUACGCAAAUGAUAAGUCCAUUAAGCAACGAUUUGGCAAAUUUUAUUUUCACAUUACAUUUUCGUAAUUUUUUGUGCGACGAAAGGCCAUUUUCUUUGGAUUUUGAAGGCUACACAUCACGGAUUUGGCCUGAUUCUAUUCUUCAACGAUGAUCAAGUCCACUAAGCACGGAUUUGGGUGAAUUUAUUCCGAGUCAAUUUUUGGCGGAUUCCAAAGGGACACCAUCACUUUGUUUGGGCGAUUUUCCCGAAAUGCCAUUUUCUUUCGAUUCUGGAGGCUACAGAUCACGCAUUUAGGCCAAGGCUAUUCUCCACCGAUAACGAAGUCUAUUGAUCAUAUUCUACGCAGAUGAUAAGUCCAUUAAGCACCGAUUUGGCCCAUUUUAUUUUCGGAUUACAUUUUCGUAAUUUUUGGGCUACGAAAGGCCAUUUUCUUUGGAUUUUCUGGGCUACAGAUCACGGAUUCGGCCUGAAGCUAUUCUUCAACGAUGAUUAAGUCCAUUAAGCAUCGAUUUGGGCGAAUUUAUUUCUGGUCAAUUUUUGGCGGAUUCCAAAUGGGUACCAUCAAAGAUUUUGGGCGAUUUUCCAAAUGGGAACCUAGUGAUCACGGAUUCAGGCAGAGGCUAUACUCCACCAAUAAUGAAGUCUAUUGAUCUUAUUCUCCACAGAUGACAAGUCCAUUAAGCACCGAUUUGGCCUAAUUUAUUUUCGGAUGACAUUUUCAUAAUUUUUUGUGCGACGAAAGGCCAUUUUCUUUGGAUUUUGAAGGCUACAGAUCACGGAUUUGGCCUGAGGCUAUUCUUCAACGAUGAUCAAAUCCACUAAGCACGGAUUUGAGUAAAUUUAUUCCGGGUCAAUUUUUGGCGAAUUACAAAGGGGUACCAUCACAGAUUUUGGGCGAUUUUCCCGAAAUGCCAUUUUCUUUCGAUUCUGGAGGCUACAGAUCACAGAUUUAGGCCAAGGCUAUUCUCCACCGAUAACGAAGUCUAUUGAUCCUAUUCUUCGCAGAUGAUAAGUCCAUUAAGCACCGAUUUUUCCCAUUUUAUUUUCGGAUUACAUUUUCGUAAUUUUUUUGGCUACGAAAGUCCAUUUUCUUUGGAUUUUGAAGGCUAGAGAUCACGAACUCAGCCUGAGGCUAUUCUUCAAAGAAGAUGAGUUCAUUAAGCAUGGAUUUGGGAGAAUUUAUUCCGGAUCUAUUUUUGGCGGAUUCCAAAGGGGUACCAUCACAGAUUUUGGGCAAUUUUCCCGAAAUGCAAUUUUUUUAUUCUGGAGGCUACAGAUCACGGAUUUAGACCGAGGCUAUUAUCCACCGAUAAUGAAGUCUAUUGAUCCUAUUCUCCGCAAAUGAUAAAUCUAUUAAGCAUUGAUUUGGCCCAAUUUAUUCUAGGAUGACAUUUUCGUAAUUUUUUGGGCACGAAAUGCUAUUUUCUUUGGAUUUUGAAGGCUAGAGAUCACGGAUUCGGCCUGAGGAUAUUCUUCAACGAUGAUCGAGUCCAUUAAGCACGAAUUUGAGCGAAUUUAUUCCACGUCAAUUUUUGGCGGAUUCCCAAUUGGUACCAUCAUAGAUUUUGGGUUAUUUUCUGAAAUGUCAUUUUCUUUCGAUUCUGGAGGCUACAGAUCAAGGAUUCAGGCCGAGGCUAUUAUCCACCGAUAAUGAAGUCUAUUGAUCUUAUUCUCUUUAGAUGAUAAGCCCAUUAAGCACCGAUUUGGCCCAAUUUAUUUUAGGAUGACAUUUUCGUAAUUUUUUGUUCUACGAAAGGUUAUUUUCUUUGGAUUUUAAAGGCUACAGAUCAUGGAUUCGGACUGAGACUAUUCUUCAACGAUGAUCAAGUCCACUACGCACGAAUUUGGGCGAAUUUAUUCCGGGUCAAUUUUUGGCGGGUUCCAAAGGGCUACUAUCACAGAUUUCGGAUGAUUUUCCUGAAAUGCCAUUUUCUUUCGAUUCUGGAGCCUACAGAUCACCGAUUUAGUCCAAGGCUAUUCUCCACCGAUAACGAAUUCUAUUGAUCCUAUUCUACGCAUAUGAUAAGUCCAUUAAGCACCGAUUUGGCCCAUUUUAUUUUCGGAUUACAUUUUCGUAAUUUUUUGUGCGACGAAAGACCAUUUUCUUAGGAUUUUGAAGGCUACAAAGCACGGAUUCGGCCUGAGGCUAUUCUUCAGCAAAGAUUGAGUCCAUUAAACACGAAUUUGGGCGAAUAAUUCCGGGUCAAUUUUUGGCGUAUUCUAAAGGGGUACCAUCACAGAUUUUGGGAGAUUUUCCCGAAAUGCCAUUUUGUUUCGAUUAUGGAACCUAGUGAUCACGGAUUCAGGCAGAGGCUAUACUCCACCGAUAAUGAAGUCUAUUGAUCCUAUUCUCCGCAGAUGACAAGUCCAUUAAGGACCGAUUUGGCCCAAUUAAUUUUUGGAUGGCAUUUUCGUAAUUUUUUGGUCGACGAAAGGCUAUUUUCUUUGAAUUUUGACGGCAACAGAUCACGGAUUCUGCCUGAGGAUAUUCUUCAAUGAUGAUUACGUCCGUUAAGCACGGAUUUGGGUGGAGUUAUUCCCGGUCAAUUUUUGGCAGAGUCCAAAGGGGUACCAUCACAGAUUUUUUGCGAUUUUUCUCGAAAUGGCAUUUUCUUUUUAUUCUGGAGGCUAUAGAUCACGGAUACAGGCCGAGGCUAUUAUCCACCAAUAAUGAAGUCUAUUGAUCCUAUUAUCCGGAGAUGAUAAGUCCAUUAAGCACCGAUUUGGCCCAAUUUAUUUUCAGAUGACAUUUUCGUAAUUUUUUGGGCGACGAAAGGCCAUUUUCUUUUGAUUUUGAAGGCUACAGAUCACGGAUUCGGCCUGAGGCUAUUCUUCAACGAUGAUCAAGUCCACUAUGCACGGAUUUGGGUGAAUUUAUUCCGGGUCAAUUUUUGGCGGAUUCCAAAGGUGUGCCAUCACAGAUUUUGGGCGAUUUUCCCGAAAUGCCAUUUUCUUUCGAUUCUGGAGGCUACAGUUCACGGAUUUAGGACAAGGCUAUUCUCCACCGAUAACGAAGUCUAUUAAUCCUAUUCUACGCAGAUGAUAAGUCCAUUAAGCACCGAUUUGGCCCAUUUUAUUUUUGGAUUACAUUUUCGUAAUUUUUGUGCGACGAAAGGUCAAUUUCUUUGGAUUUUGAAGGCUACAGAUCACGGAUUUGGCCUGAAACUAUUCUUCACCGAUGAUUAAGUCCAUUAAGCAUCGAUUUGGGCGAAUUUAUUUUGGGUUAAUUUUUGACAGAUUCCAAAGGGGUACCAUCACAGAUUUUGGGCGAUUUUCCCUAAAUGCCAUUUUCUUUGAAUCUGGAGGCUACAUAUCACGUAUUCAGGACAAGGCUAUUGUCCAUUGAUAAUGAAGUCUAUUGAUCAUAUUCUCCACAGAUGAUAAAUCCAUUAAGCAACUAUUUGUCCCAAUUUAUUUUCCGAUUGCAUUCUCAUAAUUUUUUGGGCGACUAGAGGCCAUUUUCUAUGGAUUUUGAUGGUUACAAAUCACAGAUUUUUCCUGAGGCUAUUCCUCAACGAUGAUUGAGUCCAUUAAGCAUGGAUUUGUGCGAAUUUAUUCCGGGUCAAAUUUUGGCGGAUUCCAAAGGGGUACCAUCACAGAUUUUGGACGAUUUUCCCGAAAUGCUAUUUUGUUUCGAUUAUGUAGGCUAGUGAUCACAGAUUCAGGCACAGGCUAUACUCCAUCGUUAAUGAAGUCUAUUGAUCCUAUUCUCCGCAGAUGACAAGUCCAUUAAGCCCCGAUUUGGGCCAAUUUAUUUUUGGAUGGCAUUUUCGUAAUUUUUUGGGCGACGAAAGGCCAUUUCCUUGGGAUUUUUAAGGCUACAAAUCAUGGAUUCAGCCUAAGGCUAUUCUUCAACGAUGAUUAAGUCCAUUACGCACGAAUUUGGGCGAAUUUAUUCCAGGUCAAUUUUUGGCGGGUUCCAAAGGGGUACCAUCACAGAUUUUGGGCGAUUUUCCCGAAAUGCCAUUUUCUUUUGAUUCUGGAGGCUACAUAUCACGGAUUCAGGCUGAGGCUAUUGUCCACCGAUAAGAAGUCUAUUGAUCCUAUUCUCUGCAGAUGUUAAGUCCAUUAAGCACUGAUUUGGCCCAAUUUAUUUUCAGAUUACAUUUUUCGUAAUUUUUAGGGCGAUGAAAGUCCAUUUUCUGUGGAUUUUGAAGGCUACAGCUCACGGAUUCGGCCUGAGGCUAUUCUUCAACGAUGAUCGAGUCCAUUAAGCACGAAUUUGGGCGAAUUUAUUCCGGGUCAAUUUUUGGCGGAUUCCCAAUUGGUACCAUCACAGAUUUCGGGUGAUUUUUCUUAAAUGCCAUUUUCUUUCGAUUCUGGAGGCUACAGAUCACGGAUCUAGGCUGAGGCUAUUCUCCACCGAUAAUGAAGUCUAUUGAUCCUAUUCUACGCAGAUGAUAAGUCCAUUAACCACCGAUUUUGCCCAAUUUAUUUUCGGAUGACAUUUUCUAAUUUUUUGGGCUACGAAAGUCCAUUUUCUUUGGAUUUUGAAGGCUACAGAUCACGAAUUUGGCCUCAGGCUAUUCUUCAAAAAUGAUCGAGUCCAUUAAGCACGGAUUUGGGCGAAUAUAUUCCGGAUCAAUUUUUGGCGGAUUCCAAAGGGGUACCAUCACAGAUUUUGGGUUAUUUUCCCGAAAUGCCAUUUUCUUUGGAUUCUGGAGGCUACAGAUCACAGAUUCAGGCCGAGGCUAUUAUCCACCGAUAAUGAAGUCUAUUGAUCUUAUUCUCUGUAGAUGAUAAGUCCAUUAAGCACCAUUUGACCCAAUUUAUUUUCGGAUGACAUUUUUGUAAUUUUUUGGGCUACGAAAGUCCAUUUUCUUUGGAUUUUGAAGGCUACAGAUCACGAAUUCGGCCCGAGGCUAUUCUUCAACGAUGAUCGAGUCCAUUAAGCACGGAUUUGGGAGAAUUUAUUACGAGUCAAUUUUUGGCGGGUUCCAAAGGGGUACUAUCACAGAUUUUGGGUUAUUUUCCCGAAAUGCCAUUUUCUUUCGAUUCUGGAGGCUACAGAUAACGUAUUUAGGCCGAGGUUAUUAUCCACCGAUAAUGAACUCUAUUGAUCUUAUUCUCUGUAGAUGAUAAGUCCAUUAACACCGAUUUGACCCAAUUUAUUUUAGGAUGACAUUUUCGUAAUUUUUUGUGCGACAAAAGGCCAUUUUCUUUUCAUUUUGAAGACUACAGAUCACAGAUUCGGCCCGAGGAUAUUCUUCAACGAUGAUUGAGUUCUUUACGCACGAAUUUGGGCAAAUUAUUCCGGGUCAAGUUUUGGCGGGUUCCAAAGGGGUACCAUCAUAGAUUUUGGGUUAUUUUCUGAAAUGUCAUUUUCUUUCGAUUCUGGAGGCUACAGAUCAAGGAUUCAGGCCGAGGCUAUUAUCCACCGAUAAUGAAGUCUAUUGAUCUUAUUCUCUUUAGAUGAUAAGUCCAUUAAUCACCGAUUUGGCCCAAUUUAUUUUAGGAUGACAUUUUCGUAAUUUUUUGUGAUACGAAAGGUUAUUUUCUUUGGAUUUUGAAGGCUAUAGAUCAUGGAUUCGGACUGAGACUAUUCUUCAACGAUGAUCAAGUCCACUAAGCACGGAUUUGGGUGAAUUUAUUCCGGGUCAAUUUUUGGCGGAUUCCAAUGGGUUACCAUCACCGAUAUUGGGCGAUUUUCCCGAAAUGUCAUUUUCUUUCGAUUCUGGAAGCUACAGAUCACGGAUUUAGGCCAAGGCUAUUCUCCACCGAUAACGAAGUCUAUUGAUCCUAUUCUAUGCAGAUGAUAAGUCCAUUAAGCACCGAUUUGGCCCAUUUUAUUUUCAGAUUACAUUUUCGUAAUUUUUUGUGCUACGAAAGGCCAUUUUCUUUGGAUUUUGAAGGCUAGAGAUCACGAACUCGUCCUGAGGCUAUUCUUCAAAGAAGAUGAGUUCAUUAAGCAUGGAUUUGGGAGAAUUUAUUCCGGGUCAAUUUUUGGCGGAUUCCAAAGGGGUACCAUCACAGAUUUUGGAAAAUUUUCCCGAAAUGCAAUUCUCUUUUGAUUCUGGAGGCUACAGAUUACGGAUUCAGACCGAGGCUAUUAUCCACCGAUAAUGAAGUCUAUUGAUCCUAUUCUCCGCAAAUGAUAAGUCUAUUAAGCAUUGAUUUGGCCCAAUUUAUUUUCAAAUGACAUUUUCGUAAUUUUUAGGGCGAUGAAAGUCCAUUUUCUUUGGAUUUUUAAGGCUACAGAUCACGGAUUCGGCCCGAGGCUAUUCUUCAACGAUGAUCGAGUCCAUUAAGAACGGAUUUGGGCGAAUUUAUUCCGGAUCAAUUUUUGGCGGAUACCAAAGAGGUACCAUCACAGAUUUCGGGCGAUUUUCCCGAAAUGCCAUUUUCUUUCGAUUCUGGAGGCUAUUCUCCACCGAUAAUGAAGUCUAUUGAUCCUAUUCUACGCAGAAGAUAAGUCUAAUUAGCACCGAUUUUGCCCAAUUUAUUUUCGGAUGACAUUUUCGUAAUUUUUUGGGCUACGAAAGUCCAUUUUCAUUGGAUUUUGAAGGCUACAGAUCACAAAUUGGGACCGAGGAUAAUCUUCAACGAUGAUUAAGUUCUUUACGCACAAAUUUGGGCGAAUUUAGUCUGGGUCAAUAUUUGGCGGGUUCCAAAGGAGUACCAUCACAGAUUUCGGGCGAUUUUCCCGAAAUGCCAUUUUCUUUCGAUUCUGGAGGCUACAGAUCACGGAUUAAGGCCGAGGUUAUUCUCCACCGAUAAUGAAGCCUAUUGAUCCUA